GGCAGUUGAAUCAAAACCGUAAACUGGCACAGACUCCGAAGAAACAUACGACAGAUAUUACCAUCGAUCCAAAAGCAACUGCGACAUUCGGCGGAAUGGUAACGGCAGUUGAAUCAAACCGUAAACUGGCACAGACUCCGAAGAAACAUGUGACAGAUAGUACCAUCGAUCCAAAAGCAUCUGCGACAUGUGGCAGAAUGUUAACGGCAGUUGAAUCAAACCGUAAACUGGCACAGACUCCGAAGAAACAUAUGACAGAUAUUACCAUCGAUCCAAAAGCAACUGCGUCAUGUGGCAGAAUGGUACCGGCAGUUGAAUCAAACCGUAAACUGGCACAGACUCCGAAGAAACAUAUGACAUAUAUUACCAUCGAUCCGAAAGCAACUGCGACAUGUGGCAGAAUGGUAACGGCGGUUGCAUCAAACCGUAAACUGGCACAGACUCCGAAGAAACAUGUGACAGAUAUUACCAUCGAUCCAAAAGCAACUGCGACAUGUGGCAGAAUGGUAACGGCAGUUGCAUCAAACCGUAAACUGGCACAGACUCCGAAAACACAUAUGACAGAUAUUACCAUCGAUCCAAAAUCAAUUGCGACAUGUGGCAGAAUGGGAACGGCAGUUGCAUCUAAACGUAAACUGGCACAGACGAAUAGAACAUAUAUGACAGAAAUUCCCAUAAAUACAGAAACAUGUGUUAGAAUGGUAACGACAGUUGAUUCAAAACCUAAACUGGCACAGAAAAAUAGAAAACAAAUGACAGAAAUUACCAUCGAUUUAAAAGCAACUGCGAAAUGUGGCAGAAUGAUCACGAUAAUUGCAUCAAAACGCAAACUGGCACUGACGCAUAGAAAAGCACUUGAAUUCACUACCAAAAGCCAAAUAUUUACAACAGUAACCAGCACGCUACAGAUCCCAGAACCAGCAACGAAAAUGGUAACAAUGAUAUUCACGAUAAAACGUCAAAUGUUGACAACACUCACAGUACGUAGCAAGCUACAGAUUCCAGAAACGGCAACGAACAAUGAGAUAGUGACAACUUCAAAGAGGAAGAUGGGGCCUGCUUUAAAACAAUGGUUACAGGACUACUGUUAUGAUUACGAUGAUUAUGAUGAUGAUGAUGAUGAUGAUGAAUACUAUACAUGUACAAAUAUUUACUGCGAUGAGGACUCGAACGAUUACACCAGGGCGGGACGCAAAGUUGAUCAUAAGUCUUACAGAAAUGACCUCGCCUAUAAUUGCAAACGUUAUUCCAGGAAUGGUCGCGAUGAUUACUACAAGAAGCGGCGAAAUUACUACAGAAAUAACCGCAAGGAUGAGUACUGCUAUGAUCGCGUUGUUGCCUAUGCUGAGGACACUUACGACGACGAUGAAAAGCCUUAUUAAGACGUUGAUGAGGCAUUAGUAGCUGGCAUAAAUGACAACUGUGACAGCAGUGACGAAGGGUUCUAAAGUGAAUAUGAAUCUGAGUUUUUCUUCGACAGAAAGACUAACAGCGAUGAUGAUUAUAAUUGCCGAGAUCAAUGCUGUUACGUAAGCGAUUACUGUUGCGACGAAAGCGAUGAUUACUUUAAUGGCUUAAAUGGAGACCUUUUUGUAUUUUAAUUCUUAACCAGGUUUCCGAAGGAAAAAACUGGUUAUUAGAUUGACGAAUGUCGGCGGGCGGGCUGCGGGCGGGCGGAACAAGCUUGUCCGGGCCAUAACUUUUCCGUUCAUUGUGAGAUUUUGAAAUCAUUUGGCACGUUUGUUCACCAUUAUUAGAUGGUGCGUCGCGCGUCUAUAUCUCCAAGAUCAAGGUCACACUUUGAGUUCAAAGGUCAAAAAUGGCCAUAAAUGAGGGGCUAUAACUAUGAAAUUCAUUGUGAGAUUUUAAGAUUAUUUGGCAUAUUUGUUCACCAUCAUUGGACGGUGUGUCAUAUGAAAGAAUUAUGUCGAUAUCUCCAAGGUCAAGGUCACACUUUGAGUUCAAAGGUAAAAAAAAUGGCCAUAAAUAAGCUUGUCCGGGCCAUUACUACGUCGUUCAUUGUGAGAUUUUAAAAGCAUUUCGCACAUUUGUUCACCAUCAUUGGACAGUGUGUCAUGCGAAAGAAUUACGUCGAUAUCUGCAACGUCAAGGUCACACUGUGAGUUCAUAGGUCAAAAGUGGCCAUAAAUGAUCUUGUCCGGGCCAUAGCUAUGUCAUUCAUUGUGAGAUUUUAAAAUCACUCGGAAAAAUUGUUCACAAUCAUUGGACGGUGUGCCAUGCGAACGAAUUACGUCGAUAUCUCCAAGGUCAAUGUCAUACCUGGAGAUCAAAAGUCUAAAAUGGCUAUAAAUGAGCUUGUCCGUGCCAUAACUAUGUCAUUCAUUGUGAGAUUUUAAAAUGACUCUGAACAUUACUUUUGUUCACAGUAAUUGGACGGCGUGUUAUGCGCAAGAAUUCAAGAGUUCUAAGUUCAAAAUGGCCAUAAAUGAUUAUGGAAUAAUACUUCUUUAAAAUCGCCAUAAAUUAUCUUUUCUUGUUUUGUGAAGACAGCAUGCAAAAUAUCCUGUGUCGAUGCAGCAUGUAGGGGUAUACGUCACGUCUGUGACAAAGCUCUCUAGUUAUAAAUAUAUUUUUUUGAAAACCUGGUUUUGUGACAAUUUUAUCCCUUGCCCUUGUUUAAUGUUUCAUUGAAUAAGUGCAAUGCAAAAAAUCGAAAACUGAGUGAUCGUAAUUGGGAGUUCGAUGUCGUCAUUUUAAAAUGUUGUUAUUUAGACAAAACAUUUUGGAAUUUGUUUUGAUUUGCACCGAUGGAUUUGUCACAAGUUGUGGUAUCCACCAGACCCAGUGUUUUUUUUAUGAAGCCACCAUUUCAAAGUUUUAUGUUCACAGCUUGAGCUAACUCAAUGUUUCACAACAUUGUAGCGUUAUAUUUAUAGCUACGUAUUAGUGACAACGCGCGUUCAAUGUAAAUAUGACGAAGACCAAUCGAAAAGCACUCCCAUGUCACAUGACUUGAUAAUAAAGAAUGAACUGUG